AUGUCGGAUACUGGGGCAGAACUGAAGACGAACUUAUAUGCGCAACAGUCGUCUCUGACUACUGGUAAAUCUUAUGUGCCAGCAUCCACAGAAGAAUUAAAAACUUUCUUAGGGAUAAAUAUCUUGAUGGGCAUAAAACCACUUCCUAGUUACAGAGACUACUGGAGUUCAGGUGCUGAUCUACAUGAUAGUUAUUACUUGCCAAAGAAGCCUAUCAAGAGAGGCUACAAGGUGUGGGUACUAGCAGACAAAUCUGACUAUGCAUGGAAAUUGGAUAUUUACACUGGGAAGAAAGAUAAUGCUGUGGAAAAGAAAUUGGGAGAAAGAUUUGUGAAACACCUCACUGAAAAUAUUAAAGUAGCCUUCCUGGAGACGAGGAAAAACAAAAGGUUGCUCCAGGCAGCUGAGGAGGGGGCACUGCAGGAGAUGCAGGUACUGCUUGCAGCAGGGGCAGACGCUGGAGCGAAGGACACAGUGUGCAUCAGUGGCCUGCACAGGGCAGCAAGGGAGAGACCCAUAGAGCCAGUGAAGUGUCUAGUGGAUGCUCGAGCAGUAGUUGAUUCUAGGACCAACUUACAGAAUACACCUCUGCACUUGGCAGCAUGGAAAGAGCAAGCAGCUGUGGUCCGGCUACUGGCGGCAUUGUCUGCUGACCCCAAUGCUAGGAAUCAGUGGGGGAUGACACCACUGCACAGGGCAGCACUCGAUGGCCAUGUGGAGGCGACAGCAGCACUGCUGGCUGUGGGAGCCAGCCCAGAGGCCAGGGAUGACAUUGGUGCCACCCCUCGUCAUCUCGCCAGGAAAGAGAACCACCAGGAUAUCGUAGAGUUGUUAACUUGA